AUGGAACACCAAAAGGAGUACCUAGCUGAACCAGUUAGUCCUGUGGGACAAUACUUUAACAGCUCUGUGCUUUGCAUAUACAUUAUUGGAGUUUUAGAAUUCGAAGUUCCAAUAGAUGACUUGCAAACAUAUGCUCUUCUCAAAGAUGUUUUCCUUCCCAUCAAUCCACGCUUCUCCUCCAUCAUGGUCCAAGAUAAAGACGGAGAGAAACAAUGGAAGCAAGUAGAUGUAAACUUGAAAGACCACGUGAACAUCCCCAUAUUCCCCGCAGGCGAAACAGUGGAAUUGCAUGACAAAUAUUUCCAUGACUAUUUAUCAAGCAUAUCAAUGGAGCAAUUACCACAAAGCAGACCUUUAUGGGAAAUUCACAUGAUCAAUUACCCCACAGCUGAUGCAUCUAGCACUAUAAUAUUUAAGCUUCACCAUGCACUUGGUGAUGGCUAUUCUCUCAUGGGUGCACUUCUUUCUUGUCUACACCGAGCUGAUGACCCUUGUCUUCCCUUGUCCUUUCCUUCUCUCAAACAAUCUAAACCAGAACCUUCCACUAAAAGUUUUUGCAGAAAAUUCUCUUGGAUGAUGUCCUCCGCUUUCAACACUGUCUCGGAUUUUGGAUGGAGUGUAUUGAAGAGUAGCAUCAUCAGUGAUGAUAAAACACCAAUAAGGUUUGGAGAUGACGGAGCCGACUUUCAACCAAUUUCCAUAUCAAGCAUCACAUUCUCCAUUGACCAUAUCAAGGACAUCAAAUCCAGGCUUGGAGUGACUAUCAACGAUGUUAUCACUGGAAUUGUCUUCUAUGGCACUCGAUUAUAUAUGCAAGAUAUGGAUUCCAAAUCAAAGACCUCACACUCCACGGCAUUAGUAUUACUGAAUACGAGAAACAUUGAAGGCUAUCAGUCAAUCAAUGAUAUGCUCAAUACUAAAGCCAAGGGUCCAUGGGGGAACAAAAUUACGUUCUUGCAUGUUCCAAUACCAAAAUUAAAUGAAAAAAAAAUUUCUAAUCCUCUUGAAUUUAUUCGGGAUUCACAUAAUAUUAUCAAGAGGAAGAAACAAUCUUUUGGGGUUGUUCUCACUGGAACACUUUUGGACAUAGAGGGCAAAUUGAGAGGACAAGAGGCAGUAGCUAAACGCAUUCGUGGCACAUUGACAAAAUCAAGUGCAGUGAUUUCAAACUUGGUUGGACCAGUACAACAAAUGGCUUUAGCUAAUCAUCCUGUGAAAGGAUUGUGCUUCACAUUAGCUGGUGGACCUGAGAGUCUAGUCAUUUCAAUUAUGAGCUAUAUGGGAGUGCUUAGAGUUACCUUCAAAACAGAAAAAGACUUCAUAGACGAGCAGAAAUUAAAGUCAUGCAUGCAAAGUGCAUUUGAGAUGAUUCUCCAAGCAGCUAUGGAAAUUCCUAUCGAAACCAAACAUUAG